AUGGAAGAUGUGGAUGGGAUUCCCUUUGUCGCCCAAAAAGCCUCUUUAGAUGAUGACGAAGAAAAAGAAGAAGAAGAAGACUUUCUACAAAGGGAAAAUGAAGAACUCGACGAAGUGACACUAACAUCAACAUAUUUAUCCUUGAACUACAAUGAUCUACUUCGUGGAGAAUUCCAAGGAAGACCAGUUACGCGCAAAGCUGCUGAACACGAUUUGGAUGAUCCCACAUUCUACUUGAGAGAGAAAUUAGUUGAUUUUUGCCAGGCAUUGUGUACUUCAAUCGAUACUCGAUUCAAAGAAGCUCCUGCUAUAUUCGAAACAAUGGCAAACUGUCUUGACGUUGCAGCACUGUAUCAACAAGUUGUUUUAGUCAAAAGGGAGGAUGUGCUUCAGUAUGGGCAGUCAUCGUUUCAAACUCUACUUGAGUUUACGAAGAACAAUUCAAAACAUAUCAAGAUCGACAAUAUUUUACUCAAUGAUCAAUAUCUGGAGUGGAAGAAACGAUGUUUAACAGAAUUGAACGAUAAAGAAAAUUGGAAUGUUUGGACAAAAGACGAUAGAAUUGCAACGACAAAAGUGAUGAAAUCUUUCUUUACGAACAGAGAUCUGGCUAACGGCAUUGAACAGUUUCUACAUUUAUAUUCGCUGAUGGUUGUCAAAAUCAGAAGUGAAGCUGUUUGUGACGAAUCCUGGAUUUACUGCCGCAGGAUUUACUGCCGUAAACAAUUUCAAAAUGCGCAAAAUCGUUCUUUUGCGCUGAAAUUUUGA